AUGCCGUUCCCGUUCUGGACCUUUGGCUGCAUCUACGGCGCCACCUCUGUUGCUUUUGGAGCAUUCGGAGCUCAUGGCCUGAAGAAACGCAUAGCAGAUCCGGCCAGAAUCGCCAGUUGGAACACGGCAGCUCAUUACCAACUCAUCCAUUCUGGCGUCCUCCUCCUGACCAGCGCGGUCGCUCCGAAGAAUACACUUGCAGCCGGUUUGUUGGUGGCAGGCAUGACAAUGUUCAGCGGCAGCAUAUACCUUCUUGUGCUAGAUCCGCAGAGAUUCAAGGCAUUGGGCCCUAUUACACCGCUGGGUGGGUUGUGCCUGAUUGGUGGAUGGGCUGCGUUGGCGUUUGGGAAGAGGAUUCCUUUCCCACGAUAA